UGGUCCAAGUUGUACAGCUCAGACCUCAAAGAAACAGCCGGCACGAUUAAAAAACACUAUAUUUCAUUUUAUUGUAAGUUUUAAUUAUUUAAUAUUAUAUAUUUUAUAACCGAAAACCAAACCCAACUGUUAUUUGCUCCUGCCCUCCACAAAAACCCUAUGACACUUGAACUUCUUGCAAAAAGCUUUGAUUUUUAAGCUUCUUGAGCCGAAAAAAAUGGCACCCAUUAUAGCUUCAAGACUCCCUGCAAAUGGGUCGAAGUCAAAACAAGCAGACUCGUCAAGCUCAAAUAUUUUCACCAUUGAUGUGGGUGGUCAGCUGUUUCAGACAACCAAACAGACCCUAACUCAGUCUGGCCCUGAUUCUAUUUUAUCUAAGGUUUGUAAUACAUCUGAUGCUUCUGUACCUUUUAUUGAUAGAGACCCUGAAUUGUUUUCAAUUCUGCUAUCUUUACUUAGAACUGGUAAUCUUCCUUCUAAAGCUAAGGCCUUUGACCUUCAAGAUCUUGUUUUUGAGGCCAAGUUUUAUGGUAUUGAAAAGCUUCUUGUUAAUUCUCAGUCAAACCCUGAUCAAUUUGAGCCUUUUAAUCUUGAAAAAGCUUUGAUUUUGAACUUAAGUGGUAGAGAUUCACCUUCUUCAAUUUGUACCACACCUUAUGGUUCUGUUCAUGUUGCUCAUGGUAGCAAAAUCACUUCUUUUGAUUGGUCUUUGCAAAGGAAAUCCACUAUUUUGACUCAGUUUACUGCUGUGGAUUCUUUGUUGUCAUUAAGUCCUGUUGUUGUUGCUGCUGGAGCUACCGAUUUUUCGGGGUUGCAGAUUCUUGAUCUUGAUCAGGGUUUUCUUAAGGAGACUUUGUAUUGGGAAAAUGUGACUAGGUCUAGUUCAACAGUUCAGUCAAUUGGGGCAUCUCCUGAUUUUUUGUUCACUAGUUUUGAAUCAGGGCGGAGAAACUCUAGUGCAAUUAUGGUUUAUGAUCUGAAUGGUGACUUUCGCCCUGUGAUUGAGAUUGGUCAUUGUGAAAUAUUUGGUGCUGAUCUUGAUUCUGCUAUUCCAGCUACAAAAUUGAGCUGGGUACCUAGUUAUAACCUGUUAAUGGCUUCUGGUUCACACAGUGGACCUCAUGGAGUAUUGGGUAAUAUUAAGUUUUGGGAUAUUAGGUCGGGUAAUGUGGUCUGGGAGCUAAAAGAAAAGGUUGAUUGUUUUGCGGAUGUCACGGUGAUGGACAAUCUUUCUGCAAUAUUUAAGGUUGGUGUGAAUUCAGGAGAAGUUUUCUUCUCUGAUAUGAGGAACAUUGGUGCUGAAAAAUCUUGGGAAUGUUUAGGUGACAGUCAAAAGCCGAUAAAUGGGAAAAAGGAAGGUCUCGGUUGUAAGAUUAAGAGCCAUGGCAAUCAAGUGUUUUGUAGUAAAGGAGGAGAUUUGGAAAUGUGGUCUGAGGUGAUGGUAGGGUCUUUGCGGAAAAAUGGUACUGAUGCAGAGGAAAGGAUGUUCAGGAAGAAUUUGAUGGGGAGGGCAAAGGAUGUCGGAGGAAGUAAGAUCACCAACUUGGAUUUUGGAGGAAACAAGAUGUUUGUCACAAGGAAGGAUCAGCAAUUUGUGGAGGUUUGGCAAAGCUCAGUAAGAGGUUAUUGAAUUUUGAAGUAGGAACAUAUGGAGCCUGAUUAUUUUCUUUCACAGAAGAUUGUGUAGGUUGUGAAUAUUAGUAAUCUCUGAAUUGAAUUUAUUUGAAUUGUGAAUGUAUCAUAAGUGAAAUCUGAAAUUGUGAUAGAAUGAGUGUUCUGCUAACUGUAUGAAAUUGUGAUACUGAAAUAUAAUAUAUUUUUUAGUUAAAUAA